UAGGGGCAUAGCUAGUUGGUGUGCGCGCGAGUGGGAGAUGGACCGAGAGCGUUCUUCCGAUUAGCAACUGAAAUACUCAGAACUAUUAAAAUAAUAUAACCGGUUGCUGAAACAAAAAGAAAACAUAACUUAGUCCAUCUUUCACAUCCAAUCCACACACACUAACACGGCAUUGAUGGUAAUGUAUGCAAGGAAACAACCGAGACUCAGCGAUGGGUGCAACGACCGAAGGGAUUCACAGCCCUACCAGACUCUCAAGUACUCAUCGAAGAGUCACCCCGGUGGUGAUCACCGCCAUGACAAGAUGCGAGACACCGCAGAUGCCACUCCGCCAUGUAAAAUGCUUCGGCGAUCUGACAGUCCUGACAACAAACACAUUGACAGCACGGGGCAUGGCAGGGCAAAGGCAGUCCACGUGCAGCGGGCCAGAGAGAGGGAUGGAGGGACCAGUUAUUCUCCACAGGAAAAUUCACACAACCACAGCACCCAUCAUAGCAGCUCCAAUUCACAUUCGAACCCCAGCAAGACAUCAGACGCACCAUAUGAAGAUAAAGAUGACUGGUCAGAGCACAUCAGUUCCUCUGGGAAGAAGUACUACUACAACUGCAGGACCGAGGUCUCACAGUGGGAGAAACCCAAAGAGUGGCUGGAGAGAGAGCAGAGGCAGAAGGAGUCCUCCACUAAGUUGACGCCGGUCAACAGUUUCCCCAAAGACAGGGACUACAGACGGGAGGCCAUGCAGCAGGCUACAUCAGCCACUGGCUUUACUGCUGCUAAAUCGGCCCAGGCGGAGAAGCAGCCAGCAUUGGCGUCCUCCUCAGGCUCGGGCCUGAACCCCACAUCGGUUACCCCCGGUUCCUCUUCGGCCUCCACCACGGUGCCCGUGUCCCCGGUCCUGCAGUCCCCCGUCCAUACCCCCCUGCUCCAGGACCCCUCACUGCUCAGACAGCUUCUCCCAGCACUUCAGACCGCCCUACAGCUUAACAACGCCAGCGUCGACAUGGCCAAGAUCAACGAGGUCCUCAAAGCUGCUGUCACUCAAGCGUCGUUACAGUCYUUGCUUCAUAAGAUCCUCACAGCCGGCCCGUCAGCCUUCAACAUCACUACUCUGCUCUCCCAAGCAGCCCAGCUCUCCAACCAAGCCCAGCAGUCGAACCAGUCCCCCAUGUCGUUGACGUCAGACGCCUCCUCUCCCCGCUCCUACGUGUCUCCCAGGAUCAGCACGCCGCAGAACAAUGCUGGUCACCACAAAGCCCUGCUCAGCACGCCCCCUGUAGCCUCACAGACCAAGGUGAGCAACACGCCGGUUGUGAAGCAGCAAGGAUCAGCCCCUCAGCCCUCCCCCCAGCAGCCCCAUCCCAACGACAAACAGCACGGACACGACAUCGCAGCCUCCCCAAGGACUCUCCAGCGUCAAGGCAGUCAGAGGAGUCCAUCCCCAGGUCCCAACUACGUCCCCCCCAGCAGCAGCAGUGCCACCACCUCCACCCCCUCCAACUCCUCUUCCUCCACCCGACCAGCCUCCUGCUCCUUCACCCCCACCCUAGCAGCACACUUCAAUGAGAAUCUCAUCAAGCAUGUCCAGGGCUGGCCCGCCGACCACGCAGAGAAACAGGCUUCCAGACUACGUGAGGAGGCCCACACCAUGGGAAGCAUCUACAUGUCUGAAAAUUGCACGGAGCUCAAAAAUCUCAGAUCCUUAGUUCGAGUCAGUGAAAUUCAAGCGACAUUGCGCGAGCAGAGGAUAUUAUUUUUGAGACAACAAAUUAAAGAACUUGAAAAGUUGAAGAAUCAGAAUUCCUUCAUGGUCUGAGAACUUGAGUUGAAGAGUGGAGAGGAUAGGGUGGAGAGACCCAUUGCACAUGGUUGUAAGAGAGCCGUUGGUUGGGAGAACUGUUCUUGUUCUGUGCCCAGUCUUAACACAAGCUGCAGUUGGAUUGGCUUUGGACCGUUGGGUAUGGAGAGUGCUGGGCUUGUGGGAGAGGGUCUGAGUGGUUGGUUGGUUGGUUGGUUGGUUGGUUGGUUGGUUGGUUGGUUGGGGAAG